AUGAUCUCUGAAACAUCUGAACUCUUAAACAUUAUCAAAGAAAAGACGACGGAAACUCCGUCCAAGACGCUGGAGAUUAUCACUUCCGGCAAGGUUGAUGUCAACUUAAGAAGUUCAAAAUCGGAAACGUACCUUCAUUUCAUUGCGCAUGCAUACUCGGGCGAUGCGGACGAGGCGAUACUCGUUCCGGUCGUGUUCCAGUUGAGUAACUCGGGGAUCGACAUGGCAUCCGCCGACGCCGACGGAAACACGGCGCUCCACGUUGCGGCUAAACAAGCCGGCGCUCGGAAACUCCUAAGGGCUCUUAUCAUGAUUGGCGUAGAUCCACUGCAACAGAACCAGAGCGGCCACACGGCGUUACAGCUGGCCAAAUCGUUCCCGGAUAAUGCGGCAAUUUUGACGCAGUUUUCUCCCGGCCUCUGGAACGCCAUUCUUAAAAAUAAUACGGGGCAGUUGAACCGCCUUAUGGAUAGUUGGUGCAAGAUAAAUACAAGCAAAUACGGGCAGACGCUGAUAAAAAUGGCGCAGACGUCCGCAUAUACGGAAAUUCUGGAUCAAGUCAAUGAACGGGAAAAGACGGUGGAAUUCGUCCAUUACGCGCUAGCAGGCGAUCGCGCGAAGCUUCGCCCAUUCUUCAAAAUGAGUAGCGUGAACGUCAAUACGCAGACGACCGGUUAUAUAGACGGCGGAAGUGGUGACUUCAUAACACUACCUCUGGUCGGUGAAGCCGCUAUGUUGGGGCUUGCGUCCAUCGUCCGGAAGCUCGUCCGAAAAGGCGCUCAUAUUGACGUCACUGUCAGAAACGUGCCAUUAUUCCUUUACGUUAUGCAAAAUACAAAGAACAAUAAUCCAUUCUAUGAGACACUAGAUGUAAUACUCGAUACAACGGACUUCAAAAAGAAGAACAUCAGAAAACAUACGUACGCUGUUUUGGAUGCCGCUUACGACCGGAAGUUGCCGAUCCCAACGCUACAGAUCAUGUCCGCCAACGGGCUGGAUCUGUUCGCCUUGGACGAUGACGGGCAUUUCUUGCGAGAUAGGAUUAUGAUCCGAUAUGCGACCGGAAGUCCCGCGAGACUGACGAGCGAACUGACCUACCUUGACCGGAUAUUGGUGGAUAUGGCAAAGAAUGGCUGCUUAGACCUGCUGCAGAGUUUGCUGGAACGCGGCUAUGAACACAUUGAUGUAAGCGAUCCGGAAUUUGGGUCAGUCGCGAACGCACUGGAGGCUAAAGUGGGAACCAAAAAGGCAUGUUUAUUUAUGGAGGAUGUUCGAACGUUGCCGUUGCUGUACCGCGAGAUCAGUCACGCGAUCUACGCGGACAAUUUGGUUCAUGUGCAGACGUUGUCGACAACGGGAGUGCUCCGGAUGCGGGACAAGUACGAGCGUACCCUGCUGUACCGCGCUACCUUAUUCGAGCGACGCCACGUGCUGCGUCUCCUGAUGAAGCUGGCGCCGGAGUCAGCAAAAAUACCCGACAGGGAAGGUCGCACACCACUAUUUGUGGCAUGCGCUCUGGAAGAAGGCGAAGACAUUCAGAGGGAGCUGGUCGCACUGGGAUGCACUAUGGAGGACAUAGACAAGAAUGGUCAAUCUCCUGAUGAUAUCAAGCGUCUGUCAGCAAAAGAAAAGCAAGCGUUUCUUGCACGGGAGCGCGAGCGAGAUUUCGGACUGGACACUCACUUGUUGGCCAAGUAUCUAGACAUCAAAGAGGCGAUAAGACUGGGUGACCUUUCAUUGGUUGAGCAAAUCAGAUCCCAGAUGUACAAAGACGUGCAGACGAAGGACAUUGCGCACAGGAUGUAUCAAACCACGCCACCGUGUAAGUGUCUGCUCGAGUUUUCCAUGCAGGCCCGCAGAGACGCCAUCGCGAAAUAUCUCCUCACGCUCGGCAUGGACUGGACGGUCAAGUACAAGGACGGAGGGGAGGAAGUGACGCUAAUGGAGCUAGCCAGGCGGAAGCAGAUGAAGGGAGUCAUAGCCUACAUUGAGUACCAGGAAAAGAAACAACGCGAGCAUCAAGAGCUUAUUAAGAUGCUUAGAAGAAAAGGGGUUGUGAAAAGUACGAAGAAAACAGAAGAUUGACCCGUCUAUGGCGGAAAAAUAUUCGCAGAGCAAUCAAACGCUAUUCCUGAAGUGACGUCAGAUAAUUAUGGAUAUUCCUGUACCGUACUCUAGAGCCUAACGACCAUGUUAAUAACAUGCACUCAUAAUGGGUUAAUACUUGACAUACAAGGGCAAAUAAAUAGUUUUUGUCAUUAACAUAUAUGAUUUGACUGUUUUCAAUUUGAUAUAAAUAUAUGUAUCAGUAAAGGAUUAUAUAAACACGCUGAAAUUAACGCUUUCA